UUCUAGCUAGCUUUUCGGCGGCAGGUGCAACCUCAGCAACAACGAUAACAACGGGAUAAGCUAACGGGACUCUAGAGACGCGAUGCACCGAAUAUUGUUGGUGUUUCUGGCCGCUGCCGGGGCGUCUGUCCUCGGCCUCCCCAGGCUGAACGGGUCCACGGCGGCCGGGCCCUGCCUCGCCCCGCCGCAGUGGGAGGGCAGCUGGGUGCUGUACGACCACAGCACCGGGAGAAACAGCCGGUCAGCCGUCUCCUACGACGGCCUGAAUCAGAGGCUCCGGAUCCUGCAGCAGAACAAGAAACACACCCCGUGUCAGAAGUUCUUUGAGUACAUCUACUUGUACCAGAGCAUGGUCAUGUUCCAGAUUGAUCAGAAGACCAAGGACUGCUCAAAGGUCGCUCUGACGGAGGCCUGGGAUCCCUUCGACAUCCCAAACAACUCCACCUUCGAGGACCAGUACAUCAUUGGAGGCCCCGGGGACAACGUGGAGGUCCAGGAGUGGUCAGACAGGAAGCCGGCGCGCCAACAUGAGACCUGGGUGGGCGUUUACACCCUGAAGGACUGCUACCCGGUGCAGGAGACCUACGUCAGGAACAGCAGCCUCACCACCUCCACCCGCUUCUUCAACCUCCAGCUGGGCAUCAGCGACCCCGACGUCUUCACCCCGCCCAGCACCUGUCAAUCAGCCCGGCCCGAGAGGAUGGCCGAGUCCGACUGCUGAGGCCUCGGCCGGCCCUCGCCUUUUGACCUUCGAUACUUAACAGCCUUCUGUGUGGAGGGAAAUCGGUGCAGUGUGCGAGAGCUUGUAGACUUGAUGUGAGCACUUGAUUUGAUUUGAUUUGAUUAGGAUCCCCAUAAGCUGAUGCAUAACAUCUCUUCCUGGGGUCCACACAAAACACAAAAUAUUACAACAGAUUAGACGUUUUCAGCAAAACAGCCACAAGAUAUAAAAAUAAGAGCAGUAUAACUAGCAUUAUUCUUUCUUGCAAAUAUAACUAUACAUAUUCCUCUUCAUAUACUCUUAUAAAUACUACAGUAAAUACAUAAGCACUGAAUAUAGAAAAGUUAAAUCUUACAACAUCUUUGUAUGCAUAUAAAUAUUCCUAUACAUAAAAAGUAGUUACAAAAUAUGGUUACAAGCGUAGGGCCCUUAGAUGUUGCUAAACUUGAUUUAUUGUGCGCUUUAGCAAUCUCAGCACUUGUAGAAUUAGGAUGUGAGAAAUGCAAAUUUCAAUUUACAAGUUCUGAUUUUGUUCUACAAGCUCUUACGUGUUUUUCGUUCUUUCUGUGACGUCCGAUUCAGAUCACACGUGUGUGAAUAUUUUUUUACAAGUGCAGAUUUUUAACAUACAAGUGCAGAUUUUUUGUUCUGCAAGUGCUCACAUCGAGUCUACGAGCUCUCGUGCUCUGUACCGCAUUGACCUUCGCACUCCUGAGUCCGAAAUCACACCCUCGUUCACUCAGUCACUACUACCUAGAGAACAGACUCUCAAUAGUUUACUCACAGUGAGCAGUCAACUCAGACACUUUUAUUUAUAAUAUUAAUCAGCAUUUCUGUAAAUGUGCCAGUGUUGUCCAGCCGGCUGAUUUCUCUAACUGUACCCCUAGUUACCCAGCAUGCACGUCUUCAUGGUGUGAGGAAACCGGAGCAAGCGGAGCUAGUCUCGCAUUGCCAUACCUUCCUCAUUCACGAGGGGCUUUGCAUUGACUAUUUAUGGUUUAAAAUGGGCGUGUACAUGGCGGGAUAAGAGGCUGAUCCACAUACGCACACUUGUGGGUAAUCUGUGAUUUAUAAAGGGAACGUUGUUCACAGAUGUGCGUACGCACGGUUUUAUGAAUCUGCCGUACACCAUUUUUGGCUUUUUGGGGCGAAUGUACACUUUUAGUAAGGAUCCUACGCACAGUUUUAUAAAUGAGACCCCUGGACAUAAUGUUUUUCAUUCUAUUGCACUAGGUCAUAUAGUGCACAUAUUUCACACUAAGAGUUGAGACGGUCACAUGAAAUGGCGCCGGGUAAAUAUAGAGCAUUGUAAAAUAAAAAGGGGAGUGAUUUCGGA